GGCUCAGGCCUCCGCACCGUGCGCGUAGCGCACCAUGAGCGCCCUGCCUUCGCCUCCGCCACUGCUGCUGCUGCUUGCCCUCCUGGCCGCGCCCUCUGUCCUCGCUCGCAGAGCUGAGUCCGCCUCGGCUUCACAGCCCGAAGCAGACCACCAGCUUCCGCUCGAUCCUGGGAAUGGCACCCGGCUGGGUUCUGGCGUGGCGGGCGGGAGAGGCUCUAACAGCAGCAGCAACGCAGUGGUGACACGCAUCUCCAGCCUGCUUCGCGACCUGCCCACCCUGAAGGCGACAGUGAUCGUGGCGUGCGCCUUCAGCGCAUUGCUCAUCGCCUGCCUUCUGCUGCGGGUCUUCAGGUCAGGAAAAAGGUUGAAGAAGACCCGCAAGUAUGACAUCAUCACCACUCCUGCUGAGCGUGUGGAAAUGGCCCCCCUGAAUGAAGAGGAUGAUGAGGAUGAGGAUGCCACAGUAUUUGACAUCAAAUAUAGGUAUGGGCUGGGGCAGAGGUUUCCUCCUGGGCUGAGUAGGAUGGUUCUUGUUCUCUUGUUCGUAUCAUGGUGGAGCCUGUUUCUAUCAGUACUGGUAACAGUACUCAGGGAUCCAGGAGAGCGGGGCUGGCAGGUAAAAACUUUUCUGGCAUGUCAGCAUCCUGUGGGAAGCUGGUCAGCUGCAGCCUGGGACGUGAAGGUCUGGGCACCGUCUCUCAUUGGCAUUGGACCCAAGCCCAUGCUGUUUAUGAAGCUCUGGUUCGAUUUUACGUGUCCAGCUUAG